UGUUGAAAACCUAACGAGAGCGAUCGGGAGGGAAGGAUCAGAUGGUGAUGGUACAGCGCUCGCAGAACAACCACACUGUAAAAUCGGUCAGCUAGCAGUCUCAGAACGUCUCAGAACGGUCCCUGGCGACAUUUAUAUCUGAGUCAGAACCGAUCAGACUGAGUGGAGAAAGCGAAAGAUUAGAAAAUAGAACCAGACAAUUACCACAAAUGUGUUUUUACUCAGCGAUGUGACGGACGGAACGAGGGAAGCCAAUCGAGGAGUUUAAACCAACUUUCCUCAUUGGUAAUACAGUGACCGGGGACUGAGCAAUUACUGAACAUUUAUUUUCUGAAAUAGAAAUAGUACCCAGAGGAAAACAAAAAGAUAGAAAUAACAUACCGUGAACGUGGAGACGGGGGCAUCUACAAUGAUAAAUAUGAGCGCUCAGGAUGCAACGAACGGCAUCGCAGUCGUCACGCCACCAAAUGACCCGCGGCCUGGAAGAUCACGGGGAAUAACCUUAGAUCUGAUUGAUGAGUAUCUCAUGGAGAGUACGGCCAUGGAGUCUGCAGUCCAAGUCCCCACCCGCUGUGUGUUACCUGGCCCGCCUCCCCCUCCACAAGAUGGGGAUCUUCAGGAGCUGAGCCCAGUCACCAGGCUCAGACACUCUCAGCCCACGCUGGUUGCCCGAGGAUCGGCACCUCAGCCUGUCUUGCCUUGCCCCUUGUCCCAAGUCCGAACCAGCAGCAUGGCCUCACCCCUUCCCAACCUUGGCUCCCCGGGGGGAGCGUCCCGACGCAGCCGUGGGGUGGAGCGUAGCCGUGCGGCGCCAGGCAGGCCGGGAGGCGGCCGAGGGGUUGCGCAUCAGGGCCCGGCGGACACAGACUUCUUGGAGAGGUUGCUGGAGAAGCCAGUGCUGGAGAUCGUGGAGCACCCCAAAGAGCGUGGCAUGAGGUUCCGCUACGAGUGCGAGGGCCGCUCGGCCGGCAGCAUCCUGGGCGCCUCCAGCACUGACGCCACUAAGACCCUGCCCGCCGUCGAGGUCAAGGGGUCCAUGCAACUGAUCAAGAAGAUAAAGGUUGUCGUAUCCCUGGUGACCAAAGACAUCCCGCACCGGCCGCACCCCCACAGCCUCGUGGGUAAAGACUGCACGGACGGCAUCUGUGUGGUCCGCCUCAAUCCCCGUGUCUCCUGUAGACACAGCUUCUCCAAUCUGGGAAUCCAGUGUGUGAGGCGUAAGGAGCUGGACGCCGCCCUGGAGAAGAGGAGGAACCAGAAAAUUGACCCAUUUAACACCGGUCACUCAAAGAGUAUUGAAGACAUUGACAUGAACGUGGUGCGGCUCUGCUUUCAGUGUGAGCUGGAGAGAGAGGAUGGCGAGAAGGUCCACUUGAGUCCUGUGGUGUCCAACCCCAUCUAUGACAAAAAGGCAACCACCACUUCAGAGUUAAAGAUCAACCGGCUCAAUGUGGUGAGAGGGCCCUGCACCGGCAAGACGGAGAUCUACCUGCUCUGUGACAAGGUGCAGAAAGAUGACAUCGAGAUAAUCUUCAGCAAGGGGAAGUGGGAGGCCAAGGCGGAAUUCGCCCAGACCGAUGUGCACAGGCAGAUUGCUGUUGUUUUCAAGUCGCCCCCGUACCAGGAGCAGGACAUCACUGAGGAGGUGGAGGUCAACGUCCUCCUGCGGCGUCUCUCCGACCACAUGGACAGUGAGCCGGUCAAAUUCACCUACGUCCCCCAUAACCCAGAUCCGUAUGAAGUCAACCGGAAGAGGAAGCUUAAAACUGACAUCAAGUUCAAUGAGAGGUGCAGUGUGACAGCACAAAGCAUGACAGCUCCGGAACCAUCCACCUCGCACCAGUUCCCCCAGUUCCCCUACGUCUCUCCAUCUGACAGUGCCCACUCGGUGGCCACGCUCCCUCAGGAGCUGGUCCUGCCACAGCCUGCCCAAGCGAUGGAGGAGAUCCACUACCCCGCUUCCAUGGACGUCAAGCAGGAGGACAACCUCUGCCCCAGCGUGGACAUGUUAAACUCGGAUGAAUUACAGAACUUUUUCACAGGGUUCUCGCAGUACCUGGACAGCACUGGCAUCCCAUUGUCCCAGCUGGGCUUCCCCGGCAUCCACGAGCAGCCCCCGUCCCAGGGCUACGCUUUCUCCGACGCCAGCCACUCCGACGCCGGCCACUCCGUCGCGUUCAACCAGGACCCCAACUCCAAUUACUCCCUGGCCAACCUAGACCAGAACUUUAACAUGCCGGGGGACAGAGCCCAGCCGGAGCUGGAUUUCUACAACGACGUGCACUUCAACCAGUACAACAGCCAGCUGGUCAACGGGACUCAUGGCCUGCCACUGGAACCCCUGCCCCAGAUUAUCCCAGGCCCUGCCCCCCAGGUUCUGCAGCCAUGUGACGCCGAGGACAGCACUCUGCCCAACAUCAAGGUGGAGAGCCACAUAGACCUCUGAGCGCUGAAUGGGGUGGCUGUGUCACAUGUCGUCAGUGGAUUUAGCGCCUUCACUAUCUUCACUAUCGUCAUUCCAUCGUUCUGUGUAUUGACCGUGUAGUUAUGGGUUACUGUCAGUAGCAUGUGAGGGAGUCAAAUGUUCAGCUGAUAAAAUUUUGACCGCCUCAGAGAUCACAAGUGAGAGGUCGUCCUCAGACAGAGGGCUUGCUGUGUGAGUGAGGAAUCCAUUUGACUUGGUCCUGCAUUUUGAGUGCGGCUCGCAGUCGCUAAAAUGCACUGACAGAGUCUGGAAGGUCCGGCUAGCACAUAGUGGAUCAGAGAAGAUGUGUACGGCGAAGACCUCUCUCUCUAUUGUUGAGGGACAAAUUGGUUUUGUGAAGGGGGUCAGUCUGUAGAGAGGGGCGCAGGCAGGGCCUCAGGGCUUUGCCGUAGUAUUGAAGCAAAGGUCGGAACCUUCCAAAAGCCUCCGCCGGGACCCCAGGCCACUAUCAGGACUGGACUGAGUUUCGCUCAGCAUGCUGCUAAUGAAAGGCAAUGGACAUCAGUGAUAGAUGCAAGGAGGUCACUGCUGUAUCAGACUGAAACACUUCAGCCUCACUGGUAGCGUUUUAAAGGGAAUUCUGUACCCGUACUGAGGCAACUAAGAAAGAGAAAAAAAAAAACAAACAAACACCUCAUGCACAACCUCACCUUAAUGUCUCAGGGGCUUUAGGAUAUGGUCAUCCUGACCAAAUUAACAUUAGACCAAUGAACUGGACCUGAAAAGUGGAAAAAAAAACUCACUUGGCCUUUAUCUGAAGCCCCUCUGUCCUUUGGGAAAACCUGUUUUUUUGUCAAGGUAUGUCAUUUUUUUCAUAACUGUUGUGGUGUUAGACUGCCUACAUUGAAGGAACGCUGGCAUCAACUGAAUUCUUGCCAGAGAUGGUUACAUAAGCAAAUUUUACGGAUCACACUUAGAACAUCAUUAAGUUUUAUUUGUUCUUACGUUGUAUGAAUUCCCUUGCAUGGCUGUAGAUAAAGGUGUUUGGCUUUGCUAAUACUAUACAACAGUGGACAUCAUGACAGUAAUGCUAAUAUCAGUCUGUAAAUGAUGUGGCUGUCCUAAUUACACAAUGUGAAAGUAUUAAGCCAUAUUGAAAAAGGUAUUCCAGCAAUGAGGGACCAUUUUUUUAAAAAUCAGGUUUUGACCAUUGUUUCAAAAACAUGUACAGGCUUUUGUAAAUGUUGUUAAUAUUUGUAAUUGCGCAUGUUGUAUUUGAUAUCUCUUCAGUCUCUUUCUCAAAGCUAACUUUUUCCACUC